GUCGGCGUGGCCCUUGGUUGUUUGUGGCCUCUCUCUUCACUUCUUCUCCUCUUUCUUUCGUCAGCCCCUCGGAAAGACGCCCUCUCCCGCCCCGAGCCAUCUCGCCCCGCCUCACCCUCCUCGCCCCCGCCGCAACAGCAGCCCAUCGAGUCCCUCUUGGCACCGAGGUCUUUCCGACGAAAAAUCCCCAUCAAAAAGGUCAAAAUCCACCCAAAAACGUUCACCCAACGCCUCAUACGACAACAACAUGGCCGUCGAAUCCGUCGCCGUACACUCUGACGCCACCGGCACCCCUCAGAGCCAAGCUCCCAUCAAGAACAACGCCCCGGCCGACGUUCAGAAGGACGAGGUCGACACUUUGCAGGGACAGGUCAACGGGAUGAGCCUGGUGAAUGCCGAGUUUGACUUGCACGCUGCAUGUGCCGAAGGCAACCUUGACCAGGUCAAGGCUGCUUUGAGCAAGGGUACCGACAAGCUGGAGACUUUGGAUGUCAACACUGGGUGCACGCCUAUCGUUCUCGCUAUUCGAGGAAACCAGUAUGAUGUUGUGCGAGAGUUGCUCGCCGCCGGUGCCAUCGUGCCCCCUCCCGGGCUCACCACCGACUCGACCAUGCUUUCCAUUCUUUACCCCCAGCCCGUUUACAACAUGCCCCCCCAGUUCAUGACCAUCCCCCCUCAGGAGUACUACCCUCAGCCCAACUACUUCCCCCAGCAGAACGGUGGCGAGAAUCAGCAGCAGUUUGGUGCUCCCAGGAAGGAGUCUGUGUCUGCCCCUAACGGUUCGAACAGCAACCUUCCUCCUGCCGAAGUCAGCAAGUCCAUCCCUUGCAGAAACUUCCCCAACUGCAAGUACGGCGAUGCUUGUGUCUUCCUUCACCCCCGUGCUGCGGGGUUCUACCCCCCGGGACCUGGUCCCCAGGGCGGCUAUCCUGCUCCCCAAAACUACGAGGGCUUCCCUCCGUACCCUCCUGCGCCUGCUCCGUACUUUAUGCCUCACGGCGGUAACGGCUUCCAGUCGUUCCAGGAGCAACAGGUCGCCGGUCAGGUAGAAGGCGGUGCCGCCCCUGGUCCUACUGCCCCCCACGUUCCUUCUGCUGUCGCCCCCGUCUUUGUCCCUGGUUUCCAGCCCGGAGACAUGAUGGCUUCUCCCCCUCCUUCUCACUUCGGCCUUUCGCCCAUGUCUCCAUCUAUGCUCGGCACCUCUCUCCCGUCCAUUCCACCUGCUGAGGUCUUCUUUGCUGCCUCUCCGCCCAACAACGGUGGUUUCCUUCCUCCACCUCCCAUGGCGAACGGUGCCCCCAGACGGCAGAGCGUCGGUCAGCAAUUCGGUGCCCCGAACGGUAAGCCUUUCGGGCAUGGAAAGAAGCCCAGCUUCUCUGGCGGCAAGCCUUGGGCCGGCGGUAGGCCCCCCAAUGGUACGAGCAAGUUUGGUACUUGGAAGGACGGCGUCCCCCCACCUUGUGCGUUCUUCAAUCAAGGCAACUGCAGGAACGGUGAACUCUGCAAGUUCCCCCACCUUGACGCUGAGGGUCACGACUGCCGACACCCUGACGUUGUCCGAGGCGUCCUUCCUCCCCUCCCUCCUCUUGGUAACGGAAAGCGAAACAUGAGGUCUACUGGUCCUAACGGCGGAUUUGCCCCCUUUGACCCUUCUUUCAGGCAACAGCAGCAGUACCAGCAGCAAAUGCAGUUCUUGCAGCAUCAGCGAAUGGCUGCCGCUCAAGCUCAGCAAGGACAGGCUGCUGCUGCCUCCGCCGAGGGCAAGACCGAUGAGGCUGUUGCGGAGGAAGGAAACACUGUCGAGGGCGCGGAGAAGGAGGCUGUUGCCCCUGCCGCUACCCCCGCCGAGAACACCCUUCCUUCCAAGCCCCUUGCCGCACCUAUGCCCACCAUUAUCCGAUCUGCUUCUCAGCCUGGUGUCCAGCGAGUGCAUGCCAACGGCCUCUCUUCCCGAUCUCACUCUCCUGCGCCCUCCAAUGUCUCCUUCCACGGCAAUGGCCACCCUCGCCGAGCGGGCCGAGUCCCCAACGCGAACGGUGCCGCCAAUGGUCGAUCGGCGUCGUCCGGCCCCGAGAAGAAGGUCUCCCAGCGAAUCCCCGGUGCCGACGAGUUCCCUGUUCUCGGUACCCCUACCAGCGAGAAGAAGGAGCCGGUCUGGGGUGUCUCUGGGAAGACUGCUGCCCAAGUUUUGCAAGCGCCCGCUCCCGCCAAGCCCGCUCCCGCCAAGUCUGAAGAGGAUAACCAGAGUGUGACCAUGGAGUCUGAGGACGACUCUGACGCGGUCCUCGUUUCUCGAAAGCCUUCAUCCGCUACCACCCCUGCCUCCAGCACCUCUCCCGGCCCUCCUGUUCUCGAGACUGCUUCCAAGAAGGCCGCCCCUAUCAGCUUUGCCUCUGUCGCCAGCUCUGCUGCCCCCGCUGAGACCGCUUCCGUUGCUGUCAAGGCUUAAUCAAUCAAUCUACAAUGAUCAAACACAACAACAAAAAGAGUGCCCAUGCUCUAUUCUCUAUCACAGCCUUUUGUUAUUUUCGGCUGCCAUCUCUACCAUCAUGUCCGUGUAUAUCUGUCACUGCAUUACUCAAGAAAUUUACGUUACCCUCGGAGGGACAUUUAGAUUCGUUACUUGGUCUCUUUUUUCCUUUUCUAUUUCCGUUUCGUUUUGGACUCAUCUCAUCUUUAUCAUGAUAGCUCUGCGACGUGUCACCCAUGUCCUUCUUCGUCCUAUACACUCUUGGGGCCAAUUCAUCCCUUUUCGUUUGCUCAGGACUCAUAUGCGGCUAGGCAUCCUGGGGGAAAGAGUCCGAUGUGAUUAUCCCCUUUUUCUCUACGUGUCCGUAAUUUCCAUCGUUUCCGGGUUUGGUGGAGGAGUGUCGCCGGGGAGAGUUGAUUUGACUAUGUAUCAACCAUUUGCUGC